AUGAUGCUUGAUCGAUUUUUACAAAUUUUACCUGAAAUUCAUAAUGAAAUCAAAUGGCUUGAUCUUCAUUCAUCAUCGAUGAAAGAUAUUUUAUGUGCUGCUGAUUAUCCUAAUCUAUAUGAUCUCGGUCUUUAUAAUAUUGAUGCAAAGUCAAUUCAAUAUCUUUUGACCGUAUUCUAUGAAUCAUCGUAUCAAAAUCGUUUUUCAUUAAAAUUUAUUCAUUCACCACCUCCUUCUACAUUUCGUUCUUGA